UUCCGCUUAAAACCACAACACAAACAAUGUGCGCGAAAUAAGAAAGUCCAAGAACGUAAGCAGUUGGAUCCUCUCUUAUUGGAACUCAUUUAAAUAUGGCUGGCCAGGAGGAAGAAGAUUUAAGAUCUUUAAUUGAAGAAACAGAUUGGUUACAACUUUUCCCAAAAGACCAGCAAGAGAAAAUCAAUCUUCUCUUUGUUAAUUUGCUUUACUACAGAACAAAUGAUGUUCAUAAACUUUUACGCAACCUGGAUGCUGUGCACAAAGGAAAUAUUUUAUUGAGAGCCAACACAGAUGAUUCUUGUGUGAAGAAUUUUGUGGCUGUUAUCAUCAGAUUAUACUGCCACUGUAUUGAGAACAUUAAAUUGGCUAGAUCAUUGGAAAAGUUUUUACUGCCAUUAAAACCAGACAAUUCUAAAAGAAUUGAGGAAGAACUGAAUCAAUUUUUCUUGGGAGUAAUUAGAGAGCAUCGCCCAAGAGUAGAGAAACUCACUGCAGCAUCAUGUCUUCUAGAUCAAAGUGACAUCAUAAGAGCCACAGCGGAGCAGAAUAUGAAUGGUGUUCUGUCGUGGGUUCUCCGGGAGAUGAGCGAGGCUAGAGAUUCAAUCACAACCAGUGGUACUAGCAAGGAGAACCUCCUCAUUGUCUCUGCUUUAGUCAAAAUCAUACUUCAACUGUUUCAAUCUUGUCCAGCAACUACAUGUAUUGUAGCAUGGAAAACUGAAUAUCAGGAUGAAAUGUGGCAAAUUCUCAAACAAAUUCUACUUCAUUUAUUUCAAUUACUGGACACAGAGGCUCUGUCAGCUGAUGUCAAAAUGCUGUCUGGAACAGCCAUUGGGAUAUUUUUAGCAUCUGCACCAACAAAUAACUUGUCCGUUGGCACAUUUUGGACUGUAUUCAGUAACAUAUUUCAAGGUAGCAGAUCCCAUGUUUCUUCCUAUGAAGAUCUGAUGACAGAAGGAGAGAUUGAGGAGCAUUCAUUGCUACAGCUAAGACUUGGUGCUAUUGCAAUGGUUAAAGGAAUGCUAGCAUGUGCAAGUGACAGCUGUUUAGCGUUCCAUUCAAAGGACUCAGUGCCAUUUUGUGUGGAAUUAUUUUCUGUGGUGCAUGAAUUCUGCAUGGGGCCGAUAUCUUUACGAUAUCAUGCCUUUAAUCUUCUACAGACAUGGUUCAAUAAAUUUCUACAUUUAGUGUCCUCUGAAUUGAUUGAAAGUGAAAAUUUCAUUGACUCCUGUUUAAAUAAGAAGACUAUAGAUGUUGUGUGGCUUAAUUGGGAUAGCCCAGUUGAAGAUGUUUCUGAACUAGCAGCAGACUCUCUGAAAUGUUUGUUUGAGGUGUGGCAAGUGGCUCAUCAAGAAAAGAAGACAGAAGAUGGUGAUGAAGCACAUCAAUUCUACUCUUCUAUCCUCCUAAAGCUUAAGAGUGUACCUUGGUAUAUUAAGGGCCAAUAUAAAGUUAUGUCAGCCCUGAUGCCUUAUUUAGGGUCUCAGUUUAUAGUGAGGGAAUACCCUGACUUACCUGAGGAACUCCUGAGAUGUCUGACCACAAACUACCUGGCUUCAGCUGCUGCUGAUGUCUACAGGACUAUUGUAUCGGACUUGAGGAGGAGGACAACAGAAGAGGAGCUGGUAGCAGUUUGGGAGGGGACCUGGUGGCCCAUCCUCCUGUCUGGUCUUCAGAGCAAAAAUAUACUUCAGAGAAACAAUGUCAAUCAGUACUGGAUUCCUUCUACCACAAAGACAGCACCGCACCUAGGCUCUCAUAUCCAGACAAAGCUUCAGCAAAUGCUGAAAAACACAAAAACUGAAAGAACAUGGCUGCUGUUUGCUUAUUUAUCUGUGUCAAAGGUUAUAAGGGCAACACAAGUGUCCACUUUACAGGGAGAAGACUUAAUAAGAGAGGGACUUUACUCUUGUCAGGAUGAAAUCAGAUCAGAGGCUUUAGGAUUAUUGUGUGUUUGCCAUAAAAAAUCAGAGCCAUUGUCAAAGACAGAAGACAAACUUCUACGAGAAAUUCUUCCACUCAAUUUGAAAAUAGACUCGGCUCCAUUUAGGCAACACUUGGCAGCUCAUCUGAAAAGACUUCUGAUCAGAGUGAGAGAUGGAUCAGUGGCCCUCAUAAAGUCAAAAGACUUAAACUCUCUGGAUGUGUCCCUACAGUUUGUGGAAUGGCUACACACCUUGUGUAUAGAUAACCUGGUGCCCGGUUCCUGCUACCAGAGACGUAAAACCUGUCUGGAGAUUCUCUCCAUCCUUUAUGAAACCUUCCAAUACAAUGAGCAGGCAAAGCAGAGAAAGUCAUUCACUCCAGAAAGCACAAAGAAACUGAACCAUUACGUAAAGGAGAAAGGAUUGUGGGAUUUCUUCUGUUACCAAAGCAAUAUUGUACUAGUCAUGUGUUUACUAGAUGGAGCUGAUGAUAUUCAAGAGUUGGCUUGCAGUUUGUUGUUGGAGUAUUACACGUGGCCACUAGAGGGCAGUCCGGGUCCCUCUGGAGAUGGUGCAGAGAGCAAGCUGGAAUGUCAUUUGUUGACAGAGGCACUACGGUUGUGUAACAGUCCUAAACCUUACCAGAGCCAGAGUGGGGCUCUAUUGUUGAAACUCAUCUUCAAAAAGUGUGUAACAGAGAAUGGAUGGUGUUUUAUCAUACAGUCUGGCCAAUGUAAACGUGACUUGCCUUCAGCAACAGGAGAUCCAGUUCAAGUCUUCCUCCAACACAUGCUACAGGAAAUCCAGGGAAUGCUGGACAAAUCCCAGAAUGCACCUGUAAAGGCUUCCAAGUCAUCACCAAUACACGGAUAUGUGACAGCAGUUACAAGAUGUUUGACAGAAUGUUUAGAAUCACUGCAACAGAGGAACUUACAAAGUCUCACACAGCAUUACCUACGUUUGGUUCAACUAAAUACCCAGAUUAUCCAAACAAUGCUAAACAUCAUGGCCCAAGGCUCGGAGUCCGAGGGCUGUCCUUCCUUUGCUGAGAUAGGCCAGGCUUUAGAGAGUUUGAUUGUAGACAGUGAGGAGGAUUACUGUCAAAGCGAGGCUCUCUCCGGAGAACACCAGUACUUGUUAUCCUGGUGCUGGGUCAAUAUUAAGGAAAGUUGUCUCAGUCUUGGACAUUUGUCAGGAGUCUUGAUAAAAAAUUCUGAAAUGAUGGAGUUGGAAGUCACAGUUAUCAGAUCAGUGGGCGAUACCUUUAUGAAAGUUCUUACACAGUGCAGGCACAGAGGUGUGAUUGAAGGAUGCAGAACAGCUUUCACAAUGUUUUGUUCAGCUCUGUUUGAAUCAAACAACAAAGAAUUAUUAUGCAUUCCACAGUCUAUUCUACUCAAGUCAUUGGAGAGUCUUCAGUCAAAAGCUGCCUCCACAUCAACUACCAGAAAGUCAGCCGGUCUGCCAGUGGUAGUUCAGUGUAUUAUCUCAUGUGAACACCGAAACAAAAAGAAUGAAUUGAUGAAGAUAGCACUGGAUCAGUUAUUCAUUAUGGCAGAGUUACCAUUAGAAGGAGUCGUGGAUGACAGACAUGAUCUACCUCAAGUUCAUGCAUUGAACAUCCUUAAAUGUUUAUAUGGAGAUUCAAGCCUCCAUGAGGCCUUGAUGCAGUUCAUUGAAAAAGCAGUGAUGCUUGUUGUUGAGCAAUUUGGUUCACCAGCAUGGGCAAUUAGAAAUGCAGCUACAAGAUUAUUUAGUGUUUUGAUAACCAGACUUUUUGGACAAAAGAAGAUUGUUGGAAUGCAGGCCUGUAAUACAAAAUCUCUUCCAGAGUUAUCUGCCCAUUACCCCGAGUUAAUUCCUUAUCUUCUUCAGAGUUUGGAGAGUGCACUACAAAGGGAUAUAUCUGCCAUUGAUUCCUUACAUCCCUCUCUCUUUCCUGUUUUAACUAUUCUUUCACAUAUGGGAAGACUUGACCAAGAAGAUGAAUCAAAUGAGGUCCUCCCUCUGAGGAACCUGGUGAGGACACUCCUGAGGAGCCCUGUGUAUUUCCUGAGACAGCUCUCCUCUGCUGCCUUUGUGUCGCUGGUUCCACUGAAGAAGACAUUGAAGACCAUCAGAGAGUUGAUAUCAGAAAUUUCACCAGCAUCUGACAGCAACUUCGUCCAUGGUGCCCUGGUAUCCAUAGAAAUGUUGAUAAACAGUUGCAAAGAAAUACCAGAGGAUGUUAUGGGAGCACUUUUAAACACUGCCAGUGCUGUGAUCAUGUUACCAGACAUAGUGUCAGCUCAGUAUAUAAGGAUGCUGUGUUGUCUGGUAGACAAAGAAAAACUGAUGACUAGAGAUGAACUACUGGAAACAGUGACAAAAUUCUCCUCAGAUACAGAGAGGAAAGAGCAAAACAUAUCUAUGCCACUGACACAGAAAGCCUGCAUUGCUUGUUUAUUGCAACUUGGAUGCCAGUCUAUCUGUCUGAAGAUGCUCACUAUGCAGAAAAUAGAUGCAGAUGUGAAAUUUUUCUUGAUGGAAUAUUUAACUGACAUCGCUAGAGAGGACAGAACAUCUGAAAUGUCCCAAGAUCUACUUCAAGAACAACUGAAGUGUAUACUAGCAGGAAGUUAUCCCCCUUUAGUGAGUGCUCUGGUUUCAUGCAUGACUGAACAGUACAUGAGAUAUAGAACAAUAAGACAAUCAGAUCUGCAGCUUUUGAAAGAGGCAUGGCAGGUUUACAAAGGCAGAGUGUACAACAGGGGGAUUCUGGCAUCAGCUGCUUUGGAAUUGGGAUGUGUUUACCUGGAUGCAAGUUUUGAGAAAGAAAAUGUGGUUGCUGAAGAAGACAUACUAGUAAUCUGUGAUGUUAUGUAUCACAUCAGCAGCAGUAGUGACCAGUGUAAGCUGGCUGUAUGUCACGGUCUGUCGAUUAUUGGAAAAAGUGUACUAAGAUUAUGCCUCCAGCAGAAAGGAGAUACACUCAUGUCUUCCUUGUUAAAGUUGUUUUUCUUUGUCUGGAAUCUUGUACAAGAUGACGAUCCUGAUGUCAGGGGACAUGCUACUAAAUUCAUCGCCUCACUCUCUCAGGAAUUUAAUGAGUAUGGAUCUUUGCAGUGCAAUACAUGCUUACAGGAAUGGAUAAGUUACUUCAGUGGGCAUUUCUGGUGGUCAACAUUAGUUGUAAAAGAGAUCUUUCAAAAGCUGUAUCAUCCAAACAGUGUUCAGCAGAUAUUUUUGAAAUCUUGUAAAAGUAAACAGUUGUAUGAAGCAGAGGACAACAGUUUCUUCUCAGAGGCCAUCUUCAGUUCCGCUCAUUUAUACCAAAUGUUACAGAUAAUGUUGGCAUUGAGCAACACCAAUGAUGUAACACAUUCCUUUACACCAGAGGAGAUCCAAGUUCAGGACUUGAUACAGGACCUUAAAUUUGUUCAGGAACAUCUUAAAAUACUAGAUACGUCAGUUAUCAGUGACCUCUGUGAGCCUGCUAACUUUAGAACUACAGUUGAAUUACUACUUAAGGUUCACCUGAUAUUGGAGCAAAAACCAGUCUGUUUAAGUGCUGAUGCCAUAUCUCAACUGAGUGACAGAUACAACCAAAUAACAAUGGAUAAGAAGACACCAGUGACUCUAACCAGAUUCCUCAAUAAUUCAUUCUGUUUUGUCUAGAUUGACAGUUCAAUAAAUACAUGCUUUGAUGA